AUGCACAACCGAUGCAAAGUCACAUAUGAUUCGGCGAUGAUACUUUUUGAAGUUUUUAACUGGAAGAUAAAGCAAUCAAAAGUUGACAAGCCAUUAAAAUUUGGGCCGAUUUUAUACUAUUCUACUAAUAUAUUUUUAAAAUGGUUCCACUUCCGCUUGUACCGGAAGUAGAUUCGCACCAACCUGCUUAUUUGCAUGACAGAGAUUUGGUGAACUACUAAGCUAAUAUAUCAAAGUUAAAAUUUAUUAUACAUCAAACUUGAUUUUUGUACAUAUUUACUGCAAAUAUUAUGUAAAAGAUCUGUGUAUAUUUCACACAUGUACAAUUAUUAA